AUGAAUAAUAGUAUGCUGAUGAAGCAAAUUUUAAAUCAUCUGGUCCUAUGGUUUGAACAGAUUAGUGUGGGGAUUGAACCUAUUAUCUCGGGACCCUCUGAAAGUUGUGAAACACACCUUGGCACUUGGCGCAAAACUCAAGACUUGAUCAAUUCUGAUCGAGGUUGCACUCUGAUUGACCAGACGCCGUCAGAACAUCCAGAUUUCAAUCAAAUCAAGACGAGCAAAGUGGCGGCCGAAGAACUAGGCGAUUUAAAUGCAACAGAUUUGCGCGAUCGAUCCGCUUCGGAUGUCGACUUCCGAUCCCCAGAUGAUAAGGUUCAAUCCGGUUCUGAGGAUGAGAGUGAAGUAUUGUCAGACGAUGAGGCUGUAUCAUCUUCGGAUGAUGAGAGCUACAGUCGCGUUAACAGUGCAAUCAAGGGACCUCCGAGAGGCCCCUGCGAGCUGUGCACUCGGUGUGUUCUGGCUCCAAUCAUCAUCUUUCUACCUCUUUACGCUUUAUUUUUGGAGCCUCUGGCGUCAAAAUUGUUGGAGCCUUUUCAAUAAGAAUUUCUCGAAUUACUGUGUCGCACUUGUCUGGGGGGAAGAUGUGCAUACCUAGAAUAGAAGCCUACCGUCAAUAUAUAGUUACGACCUCACUUAGAAUAUUAUUCCUCUGGACCCCGGGAACAGUAGUCGCAUUCGUAAUCACAAUU